AUGGUUGGAUCCUCCCCGUCCCUCCCCCUUUCUUCGAUUCAGACUGAGCGCUCCACCUACAGAGCAGUGCAGGCGCUGCCUUCCAGAGCUGGUGAUGGUAGUAGUGGUUGGGUGGAUCAGCAGUACCAGUGGAUUCCCAGUAAAUCCUUGUUCAGUUCGUCUGGCGUCACCAAACCCAAACCUCAGGUCUGUGGAGCAUCUGAAGAAAAUGUCGUGGGUCUGAACAGAACAGGAGCUCAGAUUCCAGAAAAACUGCAGAACUCCAACGUCCUGAACACAAAAUGGAAACAUCAAGAUUUACGACGAGCUCUUUUCAGAAUCAUCUUCCUCUCAGCCCCUCAUCAGAGGACCGCUGAACACCGCAGACGUCCACAGGCGUCCUCCUCUGCAGUUACACACCACCAUCAACUGACUUAUCAGAGGUGUGUUCAUUAUGGGGUGGACCUGAACGUGGCUGGAAUGGAUGAAACGAUGCUGAAGAACAUUAUGGGGCUGAUCCCCGUCCAUCUGAAGAGACUGGUGCCAUCACUGGAGCGUCUGACUGAGGAGGUCCAACAAGAAUACCUGUUCAGUGCAAGAUCAGACAUAGUAUGUGGCUGCUCUUCUGUUGUUCUAAUGCAUGUGUCAUGUGAAUCUGGUGGUAAUUUAACUUUUGUGUUUUCAGUGAAUUUUGUGUUUGUGGAUUCAAAACCAUGUGACAGCGACACAGAGGAGCUUCUGCGAACCCACAGACUGGAACUGAAGGCUGUCCCUAAACCAUGGAAGGAAUCCUUUGUCUGCGCAAGAAAGAAAAUGAGAAAGACCCACUGUUUCAACCCCACCAUGCUGAAUGUGCUGAAACUCUGGGAAGUCACUUUCAAGAGGCUGCGCUUAAUACAGGUAGAAGAGUUCCACAGCCGGAUGGAAUCCAUGGAGCUGUCUGAAUUCACCGAGAUUAUCCGCAGACAGCUGGAGAACGCCAGAGGAUGCCUCCUGAAACAAUGGAUUCCGGAAGUGCAGCAGAUUUUUACCAACGGGAUCAAACACAAGCUGGUGCCGACCAACAGAAAGCUGACCGACCUGCGGUCAUUCUACAGCUGUGCUGCUGCGCUGAUGAGCGGUCAGCUGCAGCAGCUGCUGCUGGACUCCAUGAACGACUACACACAGCUGAUGGCACCACAGCAGCUGUCGGUGCGAGCCUACGAACACCCAGGCUUUGUGCUGCAUGUGGUCCUGAAAGACACCCAGAUCCAGUUUGAUCCUCAGUUUGAAUCAUUUGAGGAGGCGUUCCUUAACGUCUACGAGCUGAUGCUCAGAUCUGUGUGCAGGCUGCCUCGAGUGGAGACCAGACUGUACUCAGACUGGCCGGACGUCCAGUCUGGGACCACCCUGUCCCCCUUCGUCCUGCCGCAGACUCUGCAGGCCCAUCAGGAGGAGGUCCGCAGGGUCCUGUGGGCCCAGUGCGUGGGGCCCAAACAGUACCUCCACCAGUUCGAUAAAUACGCCCUGCUGGUGUCCAGGCAGGCGCAGGAGGACGUGGAGCAGUUCCUCACCGAGCAGCACUCGUUCCAAGAAACCAUGGUGGAGGUUCUACGCUUCCAGCAGCUGGUUGACCAGAUCCACAGCACUUCAGCCAAGGUUUUACGUCUCGGCAUGUUUGAGGUUCAGUCUCAUUAUCUGAUCCACUCCCUCACAAAGAGAGCCCAGGAACUACAACGAAAACUGGUGACUCGAAUGAUACAGGACCAUCAGCAAAUCAACAGAAGACUCCUUGGUGAGUUUGAGCAGAUCGCAGAGAAGGCGUUGAGUAUCCCAGCUGACACACACCAGCUGAUGGAACUAAAGGUCCAUAUGCAGGCGGUGCAGAACACACACAUGCCUGUGUUAGAACAGAGGCUGCUGGACUCGAACCGACAGCUGUGUUUCCUCAUGGACUUUGUGUCUCUGUCACCAGUGAAUCUGCAGCUCAACACACAAACCAUCGAGUGGCUGAAGCGAAUGCCUUCAGUGUUUAAGGAGCACACACACAUUCUGAGGGAAAAGACACAGCAGUACCAAGAUGGACUGAAGAUGAGGCGUGAGGUCCUUCUGGAGGAACUGAGGAGCUACGAGACACAAGUGGAAGAAUUCACACAGUUUGAUGAUCUGACAGAUCUGAGCAACUAUCUGAAGAAAGCUCAUUCCAUCAACAAUAAACUGGAAUUAGCCAUGGAAAAGAUUAAAGAGGUGAAUGAAGAGGAGGAGGCCUUUGGUUGGUCCAUUUCCCACUACCCACAGUGGAAAAGGAUCCAGGACAGACUCAGCCCAUUCCUGCAUCUGUAUGAGACCGCCAUCGACUUCCUGAAGAAGUACGAGGAGUGGCUCCACGGUCCGCUAUCAGCAGUCAACCCAGAUAAGGUAGAGAGUGAUGUUGGGAACUAUUGGCGUACUCUGUACAAGUUAGAAAAAGGCUUUGCUGAAGUCCCCAGUGCCCUGAAGAUAGCCACAGCUGUGAGGACCAAGGUGGAAGACUUCAAACAACACAUUCCUGUAGUGCAGGUGGUGUGUAACCAGGGCCUCCAUCAGCGUCACUGGGAUGCCAUGUCUGAGAUGGCUGGGUUCUCCCUCCACCCUGUAGACCACCAAACCAACGUGGCCCACUUCCUGUCCAUGAACCUGGAGCAGCACCUGAGCAGCUUUCAGGGCGUCAGCGAGUCAGCCAGCAAGGAGUACUCCCUGGAGAAGGCCAUAGAGAAAAUGAUGAGCGAGUGGGCCGACGUGGAGUUCAACCUGCUGGCCUACCGAGAGACCGGCACCUCCAUCCUGUCGUCUGUGGACGAAGUGCAGACGCUGCUGGACGACCACAUCCUGAAGACUCAGACCAUGAGGGGCUCACCUUUCAUCAAACCUUUUGAAAUGGAGAUUCGGGACUGGGAGGGGAAGCUCUUACUCCUUCAGGAGAUUCUGGAUGAGUGGUUAAAGGUGCAGUCCACCUGGCUUUACCUGGAGCCUAUAUUCAGUUCUCCAGACAUCAUGAAUCAGAUGCGUGAUGAGGCCAAACGCUUUGUCACUGUCAACAAAACAUGGAGGGACAUCAUGAAACAAGUGGCACUGGACAAACAUGUGUUGGCAGUGGUCGCCUUUGACAAGAUGCUGGAGAAGCUGAAAACGUCCAAUCAGCUCCUGGAACUGAUUCUCAAAGGUCUGAACAAGUACCUGGAGAAGAAGAGGCUUUACUUUCCUCGAUUCUUCUUCUUGUCCAACGAGGAGAUGCUGGAAAUUCUGUCUGAAACCAAAGACCCCACCCGGGCCCAGCCCCAUCUGAAGAAGUGUUUCGAAGGCAUCGCUAGUGUGGUUUUCACCGACGUGUUGGACAUCACCCACAUGCAGAGCAGUGAAGGUGAAGUGGUGCACUUACUGGAAACCAUUUCCACGUCCAAAGCCAGGGGCCAGGUGGAAAAGUGGCUUCUGGAUCUGGAGAACGCCAUGACGGCUUCACUACAUAAGGUGAUCAGUGAGGCCAUAAAGGCCUACCCUGGUCAGUUAAGGGUGGACUGGGUGCGGUCUUGGCCAGGCCAGGCAGUGCUGUGUGUGUCCCAGGUCUACUGGACCAAACACAUCCACCAAGCAAUCCAGUCAGGACACAAGGCCCUGGACUCCUACCUGGAGCAGAACAACCGACAGAUCGAAGACAUCGUGGCUCUUGUUCGCGGUAACCUGUCCAAGCAGAAUCGAGUGACCCUGGGAGCCCUGGUGGUUCUGGACGUCCAUGCCAGGGACGUUCUGUCCACGCUGGUGCACAAGGGCAUCGAAGACGAGAACGACUUUGAGUGGCUCAGCCAACUGCGCUACUACUGGAUGGAGAACCAGCUUCACACCAAGAUGAUCAACGCGGGUCUGCCGUACGGAUACGAGUACCUGGGGAACACCCCCCGUCUGGUCAUCACCCCCCUCACAGACCGCUGCUACCGGACCCUGUUCGGUGCCCUACACCUGCAUUUGGGAGGAGCCCCUGAGGGUCCGGCGGGCACAGGGAAGACCGAGACCACCAAAGACUUGGCCAAAGCUGUGGCCAAACAGUGUGUGGUGUUCAACUGCUCCGACGGCCUGGACUACAUCGCACUGGGAAAGUUCUUCAAAGGCCUGCUGUCCUGUGGAGCCUGGGCCUGCUUUGAUGAGUUUAACCGGAUCGACCUGGAGGUUCUGUCUGUGGUGGCGCAGCAGAUUCUUACCAUACAGAGAGGUAUCUCCACCCAUAUGGAGGUUCUGGUCUUUGAAGGGACGGAGCUCAAACUGGAUCCCUCCUGCGCUGUGUUUAUCACCAUGAAUCCAGGCUAUGCCGGACGCUCCGAACUACCAGACAACCUCAAGGCUCUGUUCAGGACUGUGGCUAUGAUGGUCCCAGACUACGCCAUGAUCGCAGAAAUCAUGCUCUACUCCUGUGGAUUCGUAACCGCUCGGCCCCUCUCCGUGAAAAUCGUGGCAACGUACCGGCUGUGUUCAGAGCAGCUGUCGUCUCAGCCUCACUACGACUACGGGAUGAGGGCGGUCAAGUCUGUUCUGACGGCCGCCGGAAACCUGAAGCUGGCGUUCCCUCAGCAGAAUGAAGACACUGUGUUACUCAGAUCCAUUAUUGACGUUAAUCUGCCCAAGUUCCUGUCCCACGACCUGAAGCUGUUUGAGGGCAUCACCUCAGACUUAUUCCCAGGAGUCCAGCUCCCAAACAGAGACUACAGCGUUCUGCUGGAGGCCAUCCAAGAAAACUGCAAACGCAUGAAUUUGCAGGUCACUGAAUUCUUCACAGAGAAAAUCCUGCAGAUCUAUGAGAUGAUGAUAGUGCGGCAUGGGUUCAUGCUGGUGGGGGAGCCCUUUGGAGGGAAGACCAGAGCGUACCGAGUGUUGGCAGCAGCCCUUCAUGACAUCUACAAGAAGGGUCUGAUGGAUGAGAACCAGGUCCAGAUCACAGUCAUCAACCCAAAGUCCAUCACUAUGGGACAGCUGUACGGGCAGUUUGACCCCGUCUCCCAUGAGUGGUCUGACGGCAUUCUGGCUGUUAGCUACAGAGUCUUCGCUGCUUCUGAGAGCGCAGACAGAAAAUGGCUGAUCUUCGACGGUCCGGUUGACGCCGUGUGGAUCGAGAACAUGAACACGGUCCUGGACGACAACAAGAAGCUGUGUCUGAUGAGCGGAGAGAUCAUCCAGAUGUCAGCGCAGAUGAGCCUCAUCUUUGAGCCCAUGGAUCUGGAGGUGGCCUCACCGGCAACCGUGUCUCGCUGUGGGAUGGUCUACAUGGAGCCCCUCAUGCUGGGCUGGAGGCCCCUCCUUCUGUCCUGGAUCAACACUCUGCCUGUUUCCGUCACCGCUGCAGAUAAACAGCUGAUCACCGGCCUGUUCGACCGCGUCCUGCCCGCUUGUCUGGAGCUCGUUCGUAAAGCCGUCAAGGAACUGUCCCCGACCUCUGACACCAACUUGGUCAAGUCACUUAUGAAUCUGAUGGACUGUUUGAUGGACGAGUUUCAAGAUGAAGCAAUGAUGAACACCGUUAAUGACCACCAGAAAAGCUCCUGGUUAGAGGGGGUCUUCGUCUUCUCCCUGGUCUGGUCUGUGGGGGCCAGCUGUGAUGACUCAGGGCGCCUUAAGUUUGAUGCAGUGCUAAGGGAGGUCUUAAGUGGCCCCUUAAGUGAAGAGACCCGCACCCGCUACGGCCUCCAGGCCGCUGUUGAGGCUCCGCCCAAACAGCUGACAGUGGCCCUGCCCACUGACGGAACAGUCUACCAGUAUCGCUUCAUUAAAGAGGGUCCUGGCCGGUGGGAGUUGUGGACAGAUGAGUUGAAGGAUGCAGCCCCGAUUCACAAGGACAUGCAGUUCAAUGAGAUUAUCGUCCCUACAGAGAAGACAGUGUGCUACAGGACGCUGAUGGAGCUGCUGAUCACCCACCAGAAGCCCACUGUUAUUAUUGGGCCCACCGGCACCGGCAAGAGUGUCUACAUUAAGGACUUCCUACUGAAUAAACUGGAGAAGAAAACAUACAACCAGUUAUUUAUCAACUUUGCAGCUCAAACUACAGCCGAACAGACCCAGAACCUGAUCGUGUCCAAGCUAGAUAAACGCCGUAAAGGAGUGUUCGGCCCUCCGCUCGGAAGGAAAAUGGUGGUGUUUGUGGAUGACGUCAACAUGCCGGUCAGGGAGGUGUACGGCGCCCAGCCCCCUGUGGAGCUGCUGCGUCAGUGGUUGGACCACUGGAACUGGUACGACCUGAAGGACUGCUCUGUGAUCCACCUAGUGGACCUCCAGAGCAUCUGCGCCAUGGGACCACCAGGUGGAGGCCGGAACCCCGUCACACCACGUUUCCUGCGCCACUUCAACGUGAUUACCAUUAACGAUUAUGACGACAGGACCAUGUACACCAUCUUUUCCAGGAUCGUAGACUGGCAUUUCACCAUACGGUUGGCUUUCCCCACAGCGUUUGCCGCUCUGACCUCUCAGAUCGUCAGUAGCACCAUAACUGUGUAUCAAGAAGCCGCCAAGAAUCUGUUACCGACCCCCACCAAGUCCCAUUACCUGUUUAACCUGCGCGACAUCUCCAGAGUCAUCCAGGGCAUCUGCUUGUCCAGACCAGAGACAGCUAACGAACCGUCCGUCAUCAAACGACUGUGGGUGCACGAGGUUCUCAGGGUUUACUAUGAUCGUCUGGUCCAUGACACAGAUCGGUCCUGGCUUGUAUCACAUUUACAGGCGGUCGUUCAUAGUCACCUGAAGGAAGACUUCCACCAGCUCUUCCAGCACCUGGACCAGGACCAGGAUGGAAAGGUGACCGAAGACGACCUCCGCAGCCUCAUGUUCUGUGACUUCCACGACCCUAAAGGCGAAGAUCGCAGCUACCGCGAAGUCCACAACCUGCUGCAGCUGCGUCAGGUGGUGGACACUCACCUGGAGGAGUACAACAACAUGAGCAAAACACCCAUGAACCUGGUGCUGUUCCGCUUCGCUAUCGAGCACGUCUGUCGCAUUUCCCGCAUUUUCAAGCAGCCCAGCGGUCACGCCCUGCUGGUCGGGGUGGGAGGGAGCGGCCGUCAGUCUCUCACCCGAUUGGCUGCCUACAUGGCGACGGCGGAGCUUUUCCAGGUGGAGAUUUCUAAGACGUAUGGAACCGCUGAAUGGCACGACGACCUAAAGCUGAUCAUGAACAAGUCCACGCAAGGGGAGGCUCAUGGAGUGUUCCUGUUCACCGAUACUCAGAUCAAAAUGGAGUCGUUCUUAGAGGAUAUCGGCAACUUACUCAACACCGGUGAGGUGCCUAACCUGUUCUCAGUGGAUGAAAAGCAGGAAAUCUGUGAACGAAUGCGUGUGUUGGACCGUCAGCGGGAUCGUGAGCAGCAGACAGACGGCAGCCCCUUGGCCCUUUUCAACCUGUUUUUAGAGCGCUGUCGCACGCAGCUGCAUGUGGUGUUGGCCAUGAGUCCCAUCGGAGACGCCUUCAGGAACCGCCUGAGAUGUUUCCCCGCCCUCAUUAACUGCUGCACCAUAAACUGGUUCCAGACGUGGCCUGAUGACGCCCUUCAGGCGGUGUCCUGUCGCUUUCUGGAGGAUGUGGACAUGAGCAGUGAGUCCAGAGAAGGCUGCAUCGACAUGUGCAAGAGUUUCCACACCUCCACCAUUGAGCUGUCGCUUCGCUUUUCAACUGAGCUGCAGCGCCACAACUAUGUGACCCCCACCUCAUAUCUGGAGCUCAUCUCCACCUUCAAGACCCUUCUGAAGAUGAAAAGAGUUGAAGUGAUGAAAAUGAAACAUCGCUAUGAGGUGGGUCUGGAGAAGCUGGAGUCGGCGGCGAGCCAGGUGGCCGCCAUGCAGACAGAGCUGGAAGCGCUACAGCCACAGUUACUGGUGGCCAGCAAAGACGUGGACGAGAUGAUGCUGGUCAUCGAACACGAAUCUGCUGAAGUGGCCGAGACAGAGAAGGUGGUGAAAAUGGACGAAGCCACGGCCAACCAACAGGCCAUGGCCGCCAAGGCCAUCAAGGACGAAUGUGACGCUGACCUGGCCAAAGCCAUGCCCAUCCUGGACCAGGCUCUGGCUGCAUUAAACACUCUGACCACUCAGGACAUUACGGUGGUGAAGUCCAUGAAAAGCCCUCCUCCAGCUGUCAAGCUGGUCAUGGAGGCCAUCUGCAUCCUCAAAGGCAUCCGACCCGAUCGUGUUCCAGAUCCCUCUGGUUCUGGUAAAAAGGUGGAAGAUUUUUGGGGCCCGGCCAAAAAGCUUUUGGGAGACCUCAGGUUUCUGCAGAGCCUCCACGAGUACGACAAGGACAACAUCCCCCCGAACCUCAUCGCCAUCAUACGCAACAAAUACAUCACAAACCCAGACUUUGUACCGGAGAAGAUUCGAACUGCGUCAGCUGCAGCUGAAGGCAUGUGUAAAUGGGUUUGUGCCAUGGACAAGUACGAUGAAGUGGCUAAGGUGGUGGCUCCUAAAAAGGAGAAGCUGUCGAAGGCUGAGGAGGAGCUGGAGGUGGCCAUGGAAGGCCUGAAGAAAAAACAGGCUGCACUCCGAGAAGUUCAAGAGAAAUUUGCAAAACUUCAGAAGACUUUGGAAGCAAAUAAGAACAAAAAGACUGAACUGGAGAACCAGGUGAGUCAGUGCAGUCAGAAGCUGGGCCGAGCGGAGCAGCUGAUUGGAGGACUGGGAGGAGAGAAGACCCGCUGGAGUCACAUGGCCUUUGACCUGGGACAGCUGUACCACAACCUGACCGGGGACAUGCUCAUCUCAGCGGGGGUUGUAGCAUACCUGGGAGCCUUCACCCCCAGUUACAGGCAGGAUCAGAUAAAGGAGUGGACGGAUCUGUGUCAGACCAGAAGGAUCCCCUGUUCUCCAAACAUGUCUCUGAUGAACUCUCUGGGUGAUCCAGUAAAGAUCCGUGCGUGGACCAUCGCUGGAUUACCCUCCGACAGCUUUUCUCUGGACAACGGCAUCAUCAUUUCUACUGCUCGGCGGUGGCCUCUGAUGAUCGACCCCCAGGCCCAGGCCAACAAAUGGAUCAAGAACAUGGAGCGGGUCAACGGCCUCCAUGUGAUUAAACAGAGUGACGCUGACUUUGUUCGCACCCUGGAGAACUGCAUCCAGUUUGGAACACCAGUGCUGCUGGAGAAUGUGGGUGAAGACCUGGACCCCAUCUUAGAGCCUCUGUUACUGAGGCAGACCUUUAAACAGGCUGGAGCCACGUGCAUCCGACUGGGAGACGCCACCAUCGAAUACUCACCAGACUUCCGUUUUUACAUCACCACCAAGCUACGCAACCCACACUACCUCCCCGAGACCUCCAUCAAGGUGACGCUGUUGAAUUUCAUGAUCACACCUGAAGGCAUCCAGGACCAGCUGCUGGGCAUCGUAGUGACCCAGGAAAGACCAGACCUGGAGGAGGAGAAACAGGCCCUGAUCCUGCAGGGAGCAGACAACAAAAGACAGCUGAAGGAAAUUGAAGACCGGAUCUUAGAGGUUCUGUCGUCGUCUGAGGGAAACAUCCUGGAAGAUGAGACGGCCGUUCAGAUCCUGUCCGCUUCCAAAGAGCUGGCCACCGAGAUCUCAGAGAAGCAGGCGGUCGCCGAGGAGACGGAGAAGAAGAUCGACAAGACCCGCAUGGGUUACACUCCUAUCGCCGUCCACUCAUCCAUCCUGUUCUUCUCCAUCGCUGACCUGGCCCACAUCGAACCCAUGUACCAGUACUCCCUCAGCUGGUACAUCAACCUGUUCAUCAGCUCCAUCCAUAACUCUGAGAAGAGCCAGGAUUUAGACCAGAGAUUACAGAUCCUCAGAGAACAUCUGACCCACAGUUUAUAUGUGAACGUGUGUCGUUCACUGUUUGAGAAGGACAAGCUUCUGUUCUCCCUCUGCCUGAGUGUCAGUCUGAUGAUGCACCACAGGCAGGUGGAGGAGAAGGAGUGGCACUUCCUGCUGACUGGUGGGGUGGGCCUGGAUAACCCCCACUCCAACCCCUGCACCUGGAUCCAGAAACAGGCCUGGGAUGAGAUCUGCCGCUUAGACGAGAUGGAACACUUCAAAGGUUUACGCAAAGACAUGGCACAGCUCCGACAGGAGUGGAAGAAGAUCUACGACAGCCCAACCCCUCAUCAGACUCCGUUUCCUGGCCGGUGGCAGGACCAGCUCUGUCCGUUUCAGAGGAUGUUGGUGAUUCGCUGUCUCAGACCAGACAAGAUUAUUCCGAUGGUCCAGGAGUUUGUGUCCAACAGUCUGGGUCCGUCCUUCAUAGAAGCUCCUCCGUUCAACCUCAGCGAGGCCUUCAUGGACAGCCACUGCUGCGCUCCGCUCAUCUUCAUCCUGUCUCCUGGGUCAGACCCCAUGGCAGCGCUGCUCAAGUUUGGAGAUGAAAAGGGCUUCACUGGGACCAGGCUGACCUCCCUGUCUCUGGGCCAAGGCCAGGGCCCCAUCGCUCUGCGCAUGAUCAACAGCGGCAUUAAGGACGGAACCUGGGUGGUUCUGCAGAACUGUCACCUGGCCACGUCAUGGAUGUCAACACUGGAGAGAGUGUGUGAGGAGCUGAACCCUGACUCCACCCACCCAGACUUCCGCCUGUGGCUGACCAGUUACCCGUCUCCCUCCUUCCCCGUGGCGGUGCUUCAGAACGGGGUGAAGAUGACCAACGAGGCGCCCAAAGGUCUGCGGGCCAACAUCACCAGGUCUCUUCUGAUGGACCCCAUCUGCAACGCAGAGUUUUUUGGCGGCUGCUGUAAGACGGCUGUGUUCACCAAACUGCUGUACGGCCUGUGUUUCUUCCACGCCCUGGCUCAGGAAAGAAGGAAGUUUGGUCCUUUAGGCUGGAAUAUUCCAUAUGAGUUUAAUGAGACGGACCUGCGCAUCUCUGCACAGCAGCUGCGUAUGUUACUGGAACAGUACCAGGAAGUGCCGUUUGAUGCUCUUCGUUACCUGACCGGUGAGUGUAACUAUGGAGGUCGUGUGACAGACGACUGGGACAGACGGACGCUGCACACCACCCUGCGUGUCUUCUACACUCCAGAGAUCAUCGAAGACCCUGAGUAUAAGUUCGAUUCCAGUGGACUCUACUAUAUACCAGCUGAUGGGAAUUACAACAGUUACAUGGAAUACACAAAGUCACUGCCGCUCAACCCGUCACCGGAGAUUUUUGGCAUGAACGCUAACGCUGACAUCACCAAGGACCAAGCAGAGACACAGCUGUUGUUCGACAGUAUCUUGCUCACACAGUCCUGCUCUUCAGGCACUGACACCAAAUCAUCCGAUGACAUGGUCUUUGACGUGGCGGCGGACAUCCUGAGUAAACUACCGGCAGACUUCCACCUGGAGGCGGUAAUGAGGCGCUUUCCCACCAGCUACAGUCAGAGCAUGAACACGGUGCUGGUGCAGGAGAUGGGCCGCUUCAACCACCUGCUGGGCACCGUCCGAUCCUCCUGCGUUAGCAUCCAGAAGGCGAUAAAGGGGCUGGUCGUCAUGUCUGCAGAGCUGGAGGAGGUGGUCAGCAGCAUACUGAACGGUCGCAUUCCUGCCAUGUGGAAGAAAAAAUCCUACCCCAGCCUCAAACCCCUGGGCAGUUAUGUCAACGACUUUCUGGACAGACUCCAGUUCUUACAGGACUGGUCUGAACAGGGAACUCCUGCCGUCUUCUGGAUCUCAGGGUUCUUCUUCACCCAGGCCUUCCUCACAGGAAGUCAGCAGAACUACGCCAGGAAACACAAAGUCCCCAUCGACCUGCUGGAGUUUGACUUUGAGGUCCUGGACCACAAGCCUUACAAAAGCCCCCCAGAGGACGGUGUGUACAUCCGAGGCCUGUUCCUUGAAGGAGCCCGAUGGGACAGAAAGACCAAGAUCCUGGAGGAGUCCAGACCCAAGGAACUGCAUGACCCCAUGCCUGUGAUGUGGUUGAGGCCAUGCAGGCGACAGGACAUUCCUCACAGGAUGUGUUACGUGGCGCCGGUCUACAAGACGAGUGAGCGCCGUGGGACUCUGUCCACCACCGGUCACUCCACCAACUAUGUGAUCGCUAUGACGCUGAACUCCGGUGUUCCUGCUCAACACUGGAUCAGACGAGGAGUGGCUCUGCUGUGCCAGCUCAGCUCCUAGAAUGAGUCAAAUAUUCAAAUGGAACAAAAGAAAAGAACAAACAGACGUCUCUGUACUCUGUCAGACACAUGAUGCUGAAGCUCUCUUGGUGAAAUCG